AUGGUUUACAUACUAAUGAACGAGUGGAGUGAUGGGGUUGAGAUGCCUCCUAGUGUUUACGGUGAUAUAUAUCAUCAUGGUUUUGGUUAUCCAUAUAGAACUUAUCCCCCACCAGGUUCACCUAUUCCCACCAUGGGACAUGAUGGUCAGUUGUAUGGACCACAACAUUAUCGGUAUCCUACUCCUUAUUACCAGCCUCAAGCUCCAAAUGUUACAGUCGACCAAGUUCCUUUAUCUAUUGAAGCGGCUAAAGGAAAUACAAAUAAUCUAGUAAAUGGUGGGAAUGUGAAUGGAAAUAAUGGCCCAAAAGCACUUAGACCGAGCCACCAAAACUCAUCUUUAAGUUCAAAUGGUUCCUAUGGAAGGACAUCGCUGCCAACAGGUGUUCCAUCUUCAGGUUAUCAGGAUCCAAGGUUUGGGUUUGAUGGAACUAGAUCAUUGAUCCCUUUGGCAGAUAUGUUUUCCGAUGGUCAGUCCAAAUAUGUAGUGAGUGUGGGUUUCUCAUCACCAGUUUCUCAUGCCAACAACUUUCCAUCUAGAAGGAAUCAUAAUUUUCACCCCAUUCCCCAACUGAUGCAUGCAAGGUCGGCAUCUAGCUUGGGCCAGGCUUCUAGAUUCAUGAGUCGCAUGUACCCAAACAAGAAGAUGUAUGACCAGUAUGGGAAUGCAUUCCGGACAGGUUCUGGAUUUGGAUCUAAUGGUUAUGAUUCAAGAACAAGUGGGCGUGGCUGGUUGACCGUUGACAGUAGGUACAAAAACAAGAGUCGAGCCAAUAGUGUCCUUGGCUAUGGGAAUAAUUUAUCUGGGAAAAUACCUGAUUUAAUUAGGAACUAG